AACCAGACAUUUCUCCAUAAAAAAAAAUUCUUCCAUAAGAAACAGAAACAGGAUUAAGAUUUAAAACAGGUGAGGAGCCUAAUACUUGCACAUUAUUCAUUUAUUAUCAUUAUUGUUGUUGUUAUUAGUGAGUAAAAUGCUUCUGCUUGUCCUUAAUUUUACAUAAAUGUAUCAUUCUUACGUUUCUUUUCACAAUAAUGUCAAUACAUGAAAUAUGCACACACAAUUUGUAUAUGCAUAUAUUAACAAUAUCUAUAUGAUGCAUUUUUAUAUGGUAUAACAUGUUGCAACCAUAUAUAUUAACGAAAUAUAUUCAAUUUAUAUUGUAAUUUACAUACAUAAACAUACAUAUAAAAAAUUCUAGAAGCCUACAUAUGUUUUUCUUAUUGAUUUCAAACAUGCCCAUCUCGCACAUACAUAAUAUAUGUCUAAAUACAAGCAUACAGAUACAAUUUCUAACACGUUUCAUAUCAAUUUUUAAAUAUAUAUUUUCAUUUUAACCUCCUAGGACCUGGCGUCCACAUAUGUGGACCUCACAUUUUGGGUUCUCUAGACCACAAUACUAACUUUUUCUCAACAAGGGCCUGGUGACCACAUAUGAGCCAUGUUCAGAAAUUGAAAUGAACAGUUUAGAACAGUAACAAUGCAAAAUGUUCUGAAUGUUUUUUACUUCGUUACAGACAUACGUCUUUCUGCAACUGUUAGCAGUACUUCAAAUGAGCCAUAUUGCUCAAAGGGGCACAAUUGUUCUUUCUCAUUUUGUUUUUGCACUCAGGAAAAUGCUGCUGUGUUCUGGCACCAAAUAAAUAGUUUUGCACAUCAUUACUCAAUUGUCUCUUUAUUGGUUUCUAUCGAAAUUUAAAACUAAUGUCCUCAUAUGUGGACAUCAUUUUUCUCAGAAACUACAUCAUGUAAAAAGAUAAUUCUUUGUUGUUACACUCAUCAGGUCCCAAUCAGCCUAAAUAGCAAAGAGAAAUUAAAAAUACACGGGUCUUAGGAGGUUAAAUGUUCUUAUAUUUCAUAUAUAUGGAAAAUCAAUAUACUGUAUGAACACAUAUAACAUUUACAUAUGAGUAGGUUGAAUAUGGCUGUGUGACGUUUGUUUCUGUUUUCAUGUGUUUUUUUAAAUUUUAUUUUUUAUUAUUGUUUUUUUUUAUUCGUGCGUUUUUAAUGGUGUGUUUCUCUUUUAUUUUUGUCUUUCAAUAAAAAACAAUAAAAACUAAAAAAAAAAUGCGUGGAACACCUUAGGCUUGCUAGCUGCCUUUUGUGUGUACCACUAAGCCGACAGAUGCAUGCUUUGUGGUGGGAAUGCUAAUCUUCCCGACAUUCCCAUGGUUCGUGAACGCAGCACCGGGGACAUCGCCGCCUGUAGAAGGAGCUCUUCAGUCUUACCUAACCCAGAGCCAAACGUACACAAACAUGGCGAUAACACAAGCGGGCAGGAUGCAGUCGUCUCUUCGGUGUUCGUUGUAUUUAUUAGUCCUCGGGGUCGCUGGAAUAAAUUCGUCGACCCUUCGUCUUCACCCGGAGCAGAGCUACGUGCUGCCUCAAAACAGAGGCUUUUUCACGAUAGAAGCGAAUGAGGAUUUCCCAGACGGAGAUGGAGGAGGCGCCGCGGCUCCAGCGCUGCAUUUGGCCGACCGCGGUGCCUCCGAAGGCGGGUCAGACUCCGGCACCUACCCGCAGCAUCGAAGCCGCCGGAGCACCGGAGAAUCGACCAUGCCGAAGGUGUACGGGCAGGCCAACCUGAAUGACUCCCACAACCAGAUGGUGGUCCACUGGGCGGGAGAGAAGAGCAACGUCAUCGUAGCCUUGGCCCGAGACAGCGCUGGAGCCACCGGGCCCAGAACCAGCUCAGUCUACGUGUCCUACGAUUACGGGACAACCUUCACGCUCGUCUCAGAGAAGUUCCAGCUUCUGGGGCCGAAGUUCAAGGACGGCAGCAAGCAGGUCAUCUCCCAGUUCUACCACAGCCCAGCAGACAACAGGAGGUACCUUUUCGUAGACUCCACCAACAACUACCUGUGGAACACCUUUGACUUCUGUAAGAGCGUCCAGGGCUUCUCCCUGCCCUUCAAACCCACAGACCUGCUGCUGCACAGCAGGAGAUCCAAUCUGGUGCUGGGCUACGACAGCUCCCACCCAAACAAGCAGCUAUGGAAAUCGGACGACUUUGGGGAGACAUGGGUGUUGAUCCAAGAGCAUGUGAAGACCUACUUUUGGGGUGUGGAACCCUACGACCCCCCCACCACAGUGCUGGUCCAGAGACACGAGCCCCAGGGAGUCUCCACUAUUCUCAGCAGCACCGACUUCUUCCAGAGUGAACAGAGCCGCAGAGUGAUCCUGGAGCAGGUGGACAGCUUCCAGCUCCGGGACAAGUACAUGUUCGGCACCACCUCACGGAAACUGUUUGGCAGCCACGAACCUUCAUCUGUUCAGCUCUGGGUUUCCUACAACCGCCAGCCGAUGAAAGCCGCCCAGUUUAUGACCCGCCAUCCGAUCACGGAGUACUACAUAGCAGACGCAUCUGAAGACCAGGUGUUUGUGUGUGUGAACCACCUGAACAACGUCACACACCUGUACAUCUCAGACACACAGGGCCUGUCCUUCUCCCUGUCGCUGGAGAACGUGCUGUACUACAGUCCUGAGGGCUCAGGGAGCAACACACUCAUCAGGUACUUUGCCAAUGAGCCGUUUGCAGACCUGCACCGCGUGGAGGGGCUGCGAGGCGUCUUCAUCGCCACGCUCAUCAACGGCUCGGUCAGCGAGGACAACAUGCGAUCCGUCAUCACCUUCGACAAGGGAGGGACGUGGGAGCUGCUUCAGCCGCCCGCCGCCGACAGCCUGGGAGGAACCGUGGACUGUCAGCUCAGUAAAGGUUGCUCCCUUCACCUGGCCCAGCGCUGGAGCCAGCUGUUCAACAUCCAGCUGAGGAGGAUGCCCAUUUUAUCCAAGGACUCUGCGCCGGGAGUCGUCAUGGCUACAGGAUCUGUGGGCAGGAACUUAGCCAGCAAACCUAAUGUGUACGUAUCGAGCAGCGCUGGAGCGCGGUGGAGAGAGGCUCUGGCCGGCCCUCAUUUCUACACAUGGGGAGAUCACGGUGGGAUCCUGAUGGCUAUCGCACAAGGAGGCCCGACCACACAUCUCAAGUUCAGCACCAACGAAGGCGAGACGUGGACCGACUUUCAGUUCUCAGACAGGGAGGUGUACGUCUACCAGCUGCUGACGGAGCCGGGGGAGAAGAGCACCAUCUUCACCAUCUUCGGCUCCUACGCAAACCAGAGACACAGCUGGCUCAUCCUGCAGGUCAACACCUCCGACGUUCUGGGUGUGCCGUGUUCAGACGCCGACUACAAGCGCUGGUCUCCGUCGGACGAGCACGGUAACGAGUGUCUGCUGGGCAGAGAGAUAACCUUCAAGAGACGAGCUCCUCACGCCACGUGCUUCAACGGGGAAGACUUCGACCGGCCCGUCACCGUCUCCAACUGCUCCUGCACACGCCAGGACUACGAGUGUGACUACGGCUUCAAGCUGAGCGAGGACCUGUCUCUGCAGGUGUGCGUACCUGACCCCGAGUUCUUAGGCGACCUUUACGCUCCUCCAGUUCCCUGUCCCGUUGGUACGACCUACCGCCGCAGCAAAGGCUACAGGAAGGUUCCAGGGGACAGCUGCAGUGGAGGAGACGUGGAGUCCAGGCUGGACGGAGAGAUGCUGCCCUGUCCCGUCGGAGAGAGUAACGAGUUCAUCCUGUACGCCGUGAGGAACUCCAUCCACCGCUACGACCUGGCCACGGGCACAGACCAGGCCCUGCCUCUGGCAGGACUCAGGGAGGCCGUGGCCCUGGAUUUUGACUACGACAAGAACUGCCUGUACUGGGCCGACAUCUCGCUGGACACCAUACAGCGUCUGUGUCUGAACGGCAGCACGGGUCAGGAGGUCGUCGUGAGGAAAGACCUGCAGAACGUGGAGGCCCUGACCUUUGACCCCAUCAGCAGACUGCUCUACUGGGUCGACGCUGGAGCGCAGAAGAUCGAGGUUUCUAACCCUGAUGGAGAUUUACGCCACACUCUGCUCAACUCCUCCAUCCUGGAACAUCCCCGUGCUCUGGUUCUGCUUCCUGGAGAGAGCAUGAUGUUCUGGACCGACUGGGGGGACCGAGCGGCCGGCGUUUACCGGAGCUACAUGGACGGAACCAACGUUACUUGCAUCGUGUCGGACGGCGUCCGCUGGCCCAACGGGAUCACGGCCGACGACCACUGGCUGUACUGGACCGAAGCCUACAGCGACCGCAUCGAGAGGGCCGACUUCACCGGGGGCCAGCGGAGCGUCCUCAUGGAGGGGCUGCCCCACCCGUACGCCAUCGCCGUCUUCAAGAACGACCUGUACUGGGACGACUGGUCCAGGAUGGGAAUCUUCAAAGCUCCAAAAGCUGGUUCCCAGAACAACGAGCUGAUUGUCGGGAGGCUGACCGGAGUCAUGGACCUGAAGAUCUUCUAUAAGGGGAAGAACCGAGGCCACAACGCCUGCGCCGACCAGCCCUGCAGCCUGCUGUGUCUGCCUCAGCCCGGCCACCGCCACACCUGCGUCUGCCCGGACGGCGCUCCGACCGUGACCAUGCCCAACGGCGAGCUGCAGUGUCAGUGUCCCAGCGGCUACCAGCUCCAGAACAACACCUGCGUCAAGACCGAGCACAGCUGUUUGCCCAACCAGUACCGCUGCUCCAACGGCCGCUGCAUCAGCAGCAUCUGGAAGUGCGACAGCGACAACGACUGCGGAGACAUGAGUGACGAGCAGGAGUGUCCCACGACGACCUGUGACCCGUCCAACCAGUUUCGCUGCGUGGCGUCAGGCUCCUGCAUCCCGCUGGCCUUCAAAUGUGACCAUGAGGACGACUGCGGAGACAACAGUGAUGAAGAGCACUGUGAGUCUCACCAGUGCGGCCCCGGGGAGUUCACAUGUGCUCGAGGUGUUUGUAUCCGCGAGGCGUGGAGGUGCGACGGAGACAACGACUGCAGGGAUUGGUCAGACGAAGCAAACUGCACAGUGGGCCACCAUACCUGUGAGGCCAGCAGCUUCCAGUGUCACACGGGUCACUGUAUACCACAGCGCUGGGUGUGUGACGGCGACGACGACUGUCAGGACGACUCGGAUGAAGACCUUCGAUACUGUGAGGGAACUCGGUGUAAAGGCUUCCUCUGCUCCAACGACACCUGCCUGCCGGCCACCGUCCACUGCAACGGCAUCCAGGAGUGUCCGGACGGCGCCGAUGAACACAACUGUGACCCCCUGUGCACCCGCUACAUGGAGUUUGUCUGCAAGAACCGAGCCCAGUGUCUGUUCCAGUCUCUGGUCUGUGACGGGAUCAAACACUGUGAGGACGGAUCCGACGAGGACGCCGAGUACGCCGGAUGCGCCACACCGUCUGAAUUUGGCAAAGUGUGUGACUCUUACACCUUCCAGUGUGCCAACGGAGUGUGUGUGAGCCUGGAGUGGAAGUGUGACGGCAUGGACGACUGUGGGGAUUACUCCGACGAGGCCAACUGUGCCGCUCCCACGGAGGUCCCGGGCUGCUCCAGGUAUUUCCAGUACGAGUGCAGAAACGGACGCUGUAUUCCCACGUGGUGGAAGUGUGACGGGGAGAACGACUGUGGCGACUGGUCUGACGAGGCCCAGUGCACAGGUGGCGUUACUCCUCACACCGUGGCCCCCGGCCCCUCGACCUGCGCCCCCAACCGCUUCCACUGCGGCUCUGGAGCCUGUAUCAUCAACACCUGGGUGUGCGACGGCUACGCCGACUGUCCCGAUGGCAGCGACGAGCUCGGCUGUCCCACAGCUGUGAACGGCUCCGUGACGCUGGCUCCCGCACCCACCCAGGCCCCUCCUCCCCCGCCCUCCCCCGGCCGUUGCGGUCGGGGUCAGUUCCUGUGUCGCCGACCCCCCCACUGCAUCCCCGACUGGCAGCGCUGCGACGGGCAGCGCCACUGCCAGGACGGCUCUGAUGAAGCGCACUGCCCCACACGUGGGCCUCUGUUCUGUGUCAACGGGACUCGCUGCUCUGACGGCGAGGCCUGCGUGCUGGACAGCGAGAGGUGCGACGGCUUCCUGGACUGUUCGGACCACAGCGACGAGGACAACUGCACCCUGGACACCCUGGCCUAUAAAGUCCAGAACCUCCAGUGGACCCCUGACAUCCUGGGUGCCAUUACUCUGACCUGGUCUCGUCCCAAGAACCUUCCCGUGGACUCGUGCUACUUCCUCAUCUACUACAGACUCGUGGGCAUGCAGCAGUGGACCAUCAUGGACACUCACAGCAACAAGACCAGCUACAAGCUGACGGUGCUGAAACCCGACACCACCUACCACGUCAAGGUCCUCACUCAGUGUCUCAGUAAACUGCACAAGACCAACGAGGUGAUCACGGUCAGGACGCCAGAGGGAGUGCCGGACCCUCCCAGGAACCUGCAGCUGUCUUGCGAUAACGGUGAGGACGGGACGGUGGAGGUCUCCUGGAGUUCCCCCGACAAAGGACACGGCCUCAUCAGGGAAUACAUCGUUGAAUACAGUGAGCGUGGAGAUCUUGAUUGGACGUCACAGAGAUGCAUCACAACCAGCACUGAGGUGAAGGAGCUGCAGCCGGACACUCUGUACAGGUUCAGGGUGGCAGCAGUGACCAGUCGAGGUGUUGGGAACUGGACGGCGGUUAAAUCCAUCACUCCUAAGAAAGCUCUUCCUCCGCCCUCCGUGAUCGCCGACAGCAUCACCGCCGACUCCAUCAGCCUCUCGUUCAGCUUAAACUCCCAGUACGAUGUGAAGCAGUACAUCGUGAUUCUGUCCUGGCAGUUUGACAAACACGUGAAGGAGAGCAAGAACUACACGGUCAGAGAGGGGAUCCUCAAAGCUACGAACCUGACAGCAGGGACGGUGUACGAGGUGGCCGUGUGGGUCCACACCAGUAUCGGAGACAGUCCCACCGCGCUCUCCCACCAUCAGACCAACGGCACCCAGCCAGAGAGACCCUACCUCAAACUCAGGGCCCUGAACCAGACAGCUGUGGACUGCAGCUGGACCAUCACUGGAGACCCUGCACAGAUGUAUGGUGUGUAUUAUGCCACCUCCUUCCUGGAUCUGUACCGGAGUCCUCACCUGGUCCGCAGCUCGUCCCUCGGCCUCACGGUCACAGUGGACAGCGACGAGCAGUAUCUCUUCCUGGUGCGCGCCGUCCGUCCGUUCCUCGGCCCUCCCUCCGACUACGCCGUGGUGAAGAUGAUCCCCAACGAGAGGCUGCCGCCGAGGAACCUGCACCGCGUGCGGGUGGACAAAACGCAGGCGACGCUGAAGUGGCAGCCGCCGUACGACGCCCCGAACGCACCUCUGACGUAUGCGAUCCACGUGCGGGACGUGAUCCGUAAAGUGGAGCGGGAUUACAAACUGACCACGCAGAACAACACGGUGGAGUAUCUGCUGAAAGGCCUGGAGGCCGGAGGACGGUACAGCGUCUCUGUCCGCCUGCGCAACAUGAGCAAAGAGGCCAGCUUCACUCUGAGCACAGUUCCUCUUCCGGCUCCGGAGGCUCUGAAGAUCCUGACGGAGAAUGACCACGUGUUCCUCUUCUGGAAGAGUCUGGCUGUCAGAGAGAAGGGCUUCAACGAGAGCAGGGGGUACGAAGUGCACGUGCACGACAGCGUGACCAACCAGACGUCUUACCUGGGAAACACCACGGAGACCUACUUCCGGAUCAGCAGCCUGCUGCUGGGACACAACUACACCUUCUCUGUGCAGGCGCGCUGCCUGCUCAGCGGGCAGCUGUGCGGGGAACCUGCUCUGCUGCUCUACAACCAGCUCACAGCAGGGGCCAGUGAUGCCUCCCACGGUGAGGGCCACUCAGGGGACACGGCGGCCGUGGUGGUCCCCGUCCUCUUCCUGCUGCUGCUGGGAGUGUGCGGCAGCUUGGUGGCGCUCUACCUCCGACACCGCCGGCUGCAGAACAACUUCACAGCCUUCGCCAACUCCCACUACAACUCUCGCCUGGGCUCCGCCAUCUUCUCCUCUGGGGACGAGCUGGGUGACGAUGAUGAAGACGCUCCGAUGAUCAGCGGCUUCUCGGACGAUGUUCCCAUGGUCAUCGCGUAGCAACACAUCCCUCCAUUACCUAUUUCUCUCUCUUCCCUUCUCCCCUUCUCUUCUUCUCUCCCAUCACUCCCCAACAAUGUCGCAAAUCUGUUGAUGGGACCCCAACCCCCACCCACUUUUCCCACCCACGCACCCCCCCACCCCACCCCACCCCCCCGCCCUCCCUCCAAAUUCACAGGAAACAUGAAGAAAAUGGAAAAGUGUAAAGAGAGAAAGAGAUAUUUUUCAAAUAUACAAUGCACUUUUUUUUGGAUGCGCAAUAACUUAUUUUUUAUAAUACUAAAUAUAUAUAUAUAUGUAUAUAUAUAUGUAUGUAUGGGGUCAAAAAAGGACUGUGAGGAAGAGGUGGACACUGAAACAAACUGUGAAGGAUUUGAGUUUGUGGAGCGUGCCAGGGAAAGAGAGACCCUAUUUGUAAUGCAAACUCACCAUCCAUAGGAGCGGUUCAUUGCUUAAAGCCAAAAUAAGCAUCCAGAGACUGGAAUAUAGAAUGCAAAAAAUUACACACAGUGGAAAAAAAAACACACAAAAAAUAAAUAUUUAGAAAUUUGCUGUAUACAAAAUGUACAAAUAGAAAAUAUCGGCGCAGUAACUGUUGCAUAUGUCGGUGAUAGUACAGCGUGUGCUACAGCGGCGUAUGUAACACUGGCGCCCAAAGUGAGACGGGUGGAUGAGUUAACUGUGGAUCGUGUUUCAUCAUUUACUGAAUCUGAAUUGUUGUGUCUUUGAUCACCAGUUUGGGAACUGUUGACUCUUGUAAACGUUAUUUUAAAAAAAAAAAAGAAAAAGGAAAGAAAACGUCUGUGACACUCAGCUCAACCAAACAGAUCAGUGAUUGGAUUGAUUGACCAUUGGCACCCCGUAGAUACACUUUUACUUUCCACCACCAGCACACUGUUGUACGUCUGUUUGUAGAGGCAACACACGUCCCACGAUACAAGAAUAUCCCUGACUUUGAGGGGGGGAUGAAUCCCUCACAGCGUUGCCAAGAUCGUAACUAUUUGUAAAUAUUGGGCUUUUAAUAUGUUCUCUCCUUGUAAUGCUGUACCAUAUCAUUCUGUAAAAUUUGUAAUUUUUUUCUUUUUUUUUUUUAUCAUUCAGGACCACAAAUUAUCGUCCCCAGCAUUUUGCCAUAGCUGUAGUCGUAGAGGAAAUGUAUUUGGGGUUCUCAGGGAACUGUGUCGGAGCGGACACCAGCGCAGCACCACCAUCACCCACCACCAUGGCUUAGGCAGCACUACUGUCCAUCUACUGUUGAAUAGGUACAGAAAACCCUUGAGGAGGUACUGGAUCAGCUGUGGGUGGAACGACUGGCAGACACAUUGUCGCUGUCAGUAGCUGUGAUGACGAGUCAGGUUCAGGUUAACUGGUUUAGAAAAAAGAUUGAAAGGGUUAAUUCAUGCAAAAAUAAGUAUAUUUUCACAUACCCCUGGUGGGAGCUAGUCAUUUGGUUUUAUUUACCCGGGCUUCCAGACGUCUGUCUCUGAGAUUUCAAGAGCUACAUCCAGAUCUCACUGUGUUGAUGCUGCUUUUUUUGCUAAUUAAUAAGCAAGUGGUACAGCUAAAUUAAUCUCCUUGUUCUUGCAAAGUAGGUGGCGCUGGAAGCUCAGUCACUUAGUGAGCACUUGCAGGGUUGCAGGAAUUUACCUUGAGAAAAAUUGGCUCACUUGGUGAGGCAAAAAAUAAAACAACAAAAAAAAACCAGGUGGUACAGCAAAUAGUGUGGGCAGAGUUGUUAGCAUGUACUGUCUGAGCUAGCAUCACUUCUUUGCUUCCUGUAUUAUUUAUGCAGUUAUAUAAACAGUCAGCAUGAUAUGAAGGAGGGUAACCGCACCUUAAGUUGGUUAGCUAACCAGCCACAGUAGCUCACUGUGUAGCUAACCGGUAACAUGCUAGCUAUCUGGUAACAACUGGAACUCAUGGUAGAUAGCCACAACAUCAUAAUAACCAUAACAUGCUAGGUACUGCCAGAGCUAGCAUGGUUACCGGGCUAACAACAGCACUAUAAAUCACACUGCUUUUUAGGAAACAUGGUAGCAUGAUUUUUCUUCGCUGCUUGUAUUAUUUUGCUGUGCAGUAACUAAAACAAGGAUGGAAACAGUCAGUAUGAAAUGAAAAAGUGUAACUGUAGCUUAAGGUGGUUAGCUAACCAGCCGCAGUAGCUCACUGUUUAGCUAACUGGUAACAAGCUAGCUAGCUGGUCACAACUGGUACUCAUGGUAGCUAGCCACAACAAUGUAAUAACCAUAACAUGAUUGUAAAAUGCUAGCUACUGUCGACGCUAGCAACAGAACAGCCUUUUAUGAAACGUAUAUGUAUUGUUUCAUGGUGCAGUUACAUAAACAAGGAUAGAAACAGUUAGUAUGAAACGAAAGAGGAGUAAAAUCAGAUGUGGCCGCACCUUUAGUAGCUAACCAGCCAUAGUAGCUCACUGUGGCUGGUUAGCUAACCAGUAAAUACUAGCUAAAUGGUAACACCUGGUGCUCAUGAGAGCUAGCCACAACAGAGCACUCAGUAGCAGCCCAGCUAGCUGCUAGCUAGUAGCAAGCUGUUUAGCUCUUAUAUUUGUGUCACAACUAAAUGCUGACUUUUACACUGUGGUAGAGUAGGGUUAUAUAAAAUUGAAUAGUGCAAUAUAACAAUGUAAUAGCUUCCUCCACUUUUUUUAAACAAACUUUAUCAACAAAUGGUUAGUACAGCAAUUGGACUGACAAUUUCCUUAUAUCAAUAAAAUGCAGUUACAGAUUUUAAUCAUUUAGUUUAUGUCACAAAAUAGUGAGAAAUUUCUAUCUGAAAUUUGCUAAUUCUGCUGAGACCAGGGGCUUAGAAAUCUCAGAGACUUAUAUCUGAAAAUCUGAAAAAAUAAAAAUAUGUCUAGAUACUUAUAGAGAUAUGUGAGAAAACAUGUAAUUUAGAAAAAAUAGUUCAGUUUAUUUCCAGUGAGACCAAUCUUUGGUCAGUACCAGCUGAUUGGACAGAGAUAAUACCCUGUGAGGAUGUUAUCUCUGUUUCACUGUUGUGUGUCUAUAAAUGUAUAUCACAGAAACCAUUUUGGGGAACCAUCGUCUUUGUUCUGAUCCCACCCCCCUCACCUGACUCUGCACUAAAGUCCAUUAACUGAUAUUUGUGAUUUUGCCUCUCAGCUUGAGCCAUUUGAACUGAUGGUGUUCUGCUCUUAUUGACCUUGUUUUGUUUGUCGAGAUGUCUUCAUGAAUGUAUUUUAUACUUGUUAAGGUAUUGUCCCAGAUCAUUAUGCUACUGUCACCACCUGUGAAGUUGAUGCACACUCUCUGGUUUUGCCCCUACAACAGUGAAUUUGUGAAGCUCCCGUUCUGCACUGGACAACGCAGGCGUUAUGUUGUUCCUCUGCAGUCGGGCUUCUGCAGGCAAAUUUCAGCUGUUACAACCUUCAAAGCCCAAAUUAUUAACCCAGAGCAACAUACCUUUUCUUUGUCAGGAAAAGCCCGGAAACUUCCUGCUUCAUGUUGCUUUCAUCAUCCCCAUAUCAUUUAACGGUGUCUGUACUAACAUUUAAAGGUUUCCUCAAGACUUUAGCUUGAUUUCACGCGGCUCUGUUCAUGACUUUAUUCUGUUUCUUGGCCUUAAAAACAGAUUUUUCUGGCAUUGAUGCUGUUUUUUGCUCUGUGGAGUUUCUGAUUUUGUGUUGUGCCACAUAAUGCCUUAUUAGAACACAUUUGGUUUCUAUGUAAUGGUACUGUUUGUAUGAUAGAACACAAGUGCACAUGCAUGCAUACACACACACACACACACACAUAUAUACACACACACACACUUUACCCAUACAUAAGGCUGAGGAGGAUUUUCUUGUUAGGGCAUUUGGUUAACUUUGUCAGAUCACUGCUCCUUCCUGCGUCGGCUGCUGUAAGCUGCCCACUUAGUCUGUUUUUAGUCAGGUUUUACUCAUGUACAAAGUAUAAUUAUUGGUUAUUAUGUGAUCGUUUGCUCCCCACUUGUCUUAAUGUCGACUCUUGUCAAAUAGUUUGCUUCAAAAUGUCGUUUGGCACAGAGUUUAAUCAUGUUGGACUUGGCCAUGUUUGAAGAUGUUAAUGUCUUGCUUGCUUAUCUCAGAGGUUGCAAGAAAAAUGAGAUGUUUGGAGAAACAGUGUGAGGUGUUUUAAAAACCACUUAUACUGAAAUAAACUUGCUGAAAAUUAAA